CGCAGGCAUCAUGCUGCGGAUUUCUGCCUUUCGGCUGCUAGGACGCACGGGGGCGAGUAGGCUCUCUCUGCUGGCGGACUUUAACUUACGCCACUACAGUUCGGACCCUCUCGGUGUUCGGGACGAUACCCGCGACGCGCGCGCCUACUUCACCACACCCAUCUUCUACGUGAACGCGGCGCCGCAUAUCGGGCACCUGUACUCGGCGCUACUGGCUGACGCCUUGUGCCGACACCAUCGCCUCCGAGUUCCCAGCGCCGCCGCCACGCGAUUCUCCACUGGUACCGAUGAGCACGGCCUCAAGAUUCAGCAGGCAGCAGCCGCUGCGGGCCUGGCUCCGUCCGAGCUGUGCGACAGAGUCUCUGCCCAGUUCCAGCAGCUUUUCCGGGAGGCUGACAUCUCCUCCACCGACUUCAUCCGCACCACUGAGGCCCGGCAUCGGAUGGCUGUGCAGCACUUCUGGGGGGUGCUGAAGGCUCGGGGUCUUCUCUACAAGGGGCUCUAUGAAGGUUGGUAUUGCGCCUCCGACGAGUGCUUCCUGCCUGAAGCCAAGGUCACCAGGCAGCCCGGCCCGUCGGGGGAUUUGUGUCCUGUAUCUCUGGAGAGCGGGCAUCCCGUCUCCUGGACCAAGGAAGAAAACUACAUUUUCAGGCUUUCCCAGUUCCGGGAGCCGCUCCAGCGGUGGCUGCGGGGCGACCCUCAGGCCAUCACCCCGGAGCCAUUCCAUCACGCAGUCCUUCAGUGGCUGGAAGAGGAGCUGCCGGACCUAUCCGUCUCUCGAAGGAGUAGCCACUUGCACUGGGGCAUUCCGGUGCCCGGGGACGAUUCGCAGACCAUCUACGUAUGGCUGGAUGCCUUGGUCAACUACCUUACUGUAAUUGGCUACCCAAACCCUGAGUUCAAAUCUUGGUGGCCCACGACCUCUCAUAUCAUAGGCAAGGACAUUCUCAAAUUCCAUGCUAUCUAUUGGCCUGCCCUCCUCUUAGGGGCCGGCAUGAGCCCACCACACCGCAUCUAUGUUCACUCCCACUGGACAGUCUGUGGUCAAAAGAUGUCUAAGAGCUUGGGCAACGUGGUGGAUCCCAGGACAUGCCUUGACCGCUAUACUGUGGAUGGCUUCCGCUACUUUCUCCUUCGUCAGGGUGUCCCCAACUGGGACUGUGAUUACUAUGGUGAAAAGGUGGUUAAGUUGUUGGAUUCCGAGCUGGCAUUUGCUUUGGGAGGUCUCUUGAACCGAUGCACUGCCAACAGAAUAAAUCCUUCUGGGACCUAUCCGGCUUUUUGCACUACCUGCUUUCCCAGUGAGCCAGGGUUGGUGGGGCCAACAGGCCGUGCUCAGGCAGAGGACUAUGCUCUGGUGAGCGCAGUGGCCACUUUGCCCAAGCAGGUGGCAGACCACUAUGAUAACUUUCAGAUCUAUAAGGCUCUGGAGGCAGUAUCCAGCUGUGUCCGGCAAACUAAUGGCUUUGUCCAAAGGCAUGCACCAUGGAAGUUGAACUGGGAGAGCCCAGUGGAUGCUCCCUGGCUGGGUACUGUGCUUCACGUGGCCUUGGAAUGUUUGCGAGUCUUUGGAACUUUGCUCCAACCUGUCACCCCAAGCCUAGCUGACAAGCUGCUGUCUAGGUUGGGGGUCUCUGCCACAGAGAGGGGCCUUGGAGAGCUCCAUUUCUUGCCUCGAUUCUAUGGACAUCCAUGCCCUUUUGAAGGGAGGAGGCUGGGACCUGAAACUGGGGUCUUGUUUCCAAGACUGGACCAGUCCAGGGCCUGGCUGGAAAGUUAUACUAAUGCUUUCUAAAGUGUUGCAUCAAACGAGCACAUAAGUAAUGUCCCUGUGAAAAGAGGUCUGUAGCCUUUCAGAAGCCUACUCCCUACUCUUCAGUUCUCUGUGUCCAUUAACCACUGUCCUUUGCACCCCAGUGUCUCUAAGAUGUCUCCAGGGGAAAGGUGGGUAAGAGACAACUUUGCUGAUACUACUCCUUCUCAUUGUGCCUCUGUCCAAACCACAGUUAUUUGCCCAGACUACCUCUCAUGGCUUGUUUGUCACUGGCCUGGCCUCUGCUGGGCAAAUUAGUGCGUGUGGGGGUUGGAGGCCCCCUUCCUCAGCUUUUACUUUGUUAUAUAUGUUGUGUCUCCUGUUAAAAAGAGGUUGUUUCAUUAAACCUUUAAAAACCAGUGUCCUAGACUAGAUGAUUUUUGCCUAUGUUUAUAUUCUCAAUUCUUAACAACCAUGACUCCCUGCUUUGCUAGUUAAUAAUCCAGUAGUUGUGCUUUGUAACAUUACACUUUAACCAGUAGAUGGCUCUAGUUUCACACAUAUAAUUACUUAACAUUGAGGUUUCAGAGUAUUUAGAAUAGGUUUUCUGCUUCCUAAUUUUGCAUAAUUUAAAUUUAAAGAAAAAAUUUUAUUGCUUUUCUUAAAAUAAGGAUAACUGCAACCACUGCUGUUUUACAGUAAGCAAUAGAAAGAUCAGAAUCCUUAGUUUUUUUCAGACUACUGAAAAAGGACAUUUACUCUAUUAAAUGUUUAGUAAGCUAAU